AUGGUUGUAACUAUGGAAGAUCAAGUACCAGUAUCAGGAGCAGAAGUGGGAGCGUUGGAUGCAAGUGGUGAAGAAACAGCAGCAGUGGGAAAUAGUGUGAAAGGAGAAGAAGCAUUAAGUGGUGAAGGACGAGCAAAAGCAGGCGAACAUUCAAAAGAAGAAGCAGCAGGUGCCUUAGAGGGAGCAGCACCAGGAAUGAAUAGUGCAGGAGCAAAAGGUGCGGAUGGAGAAGAGGGACCAAGAGCUGAUGGGGAAGAAGCAGUAAGUCCCAAAAAGCAACCAGCGGAAGGUGAUGGGGCAGAUGAGGUGCCUCCAGAAGACGACGGAUACGACUACGACUAUAACGAGGCAGUUCCUAAAUGGCUAGAGAACACUCUGAAAUUGACGUCUGAUGUUGAAGAUACUAUGGGAUUCAGACUCGAACCGAGGAAGUUAUUGCGAGACGAAGAACAUUACAAGGCGAUGGUUAAAGCAAGCAUCGAGACCCAAGAAGUUCGGGAACAUUUCAAUCGCGGUGAAAAAUAUGUAAAUUCCAAAGCUAAGGCUAGAGUGGAUUUGGAUUCCGUUAAAACAGAAGUAGUCAUCAUGGAAUGUUUCUUCAACUCUACAAAGAUGACCAAUGAACAGUUCCUUGGAAGAUGUGCGCCGUGCCUCAACCAAGUAAGUUGCUAG